ACUUGCGCCAUGUCCAAGACCAGCCGGCUUGCGCUCCCUGCGUAUGCAAGCUCGACACAGACGACCCGUACAGUGGACACACGUGUGGUUGUUCCCGGUGAGGUCAUUCUCCCACACGACGGCUUCCUUCGUGGCCACGGCACAUACCCCAAAGACGGCAUGCUGUGUGCGACGGUGGCGGGCAUGGUGACACAGGUCAACAAGCUAAUCUCGGUCGUUCCGCUCAAGUCGCGGUUUGUGGCGCGUAUUGGCGACGUGGUGGUGGGCCGCAUUGUCGAGGUGGCGCACAAGCGGUGGAAGGUCGACGUGCAGUCGCAGCAGGACGCGGUGCUGAUGCUGUCGUCGAUCAACAUUCCGGGAUCAACACAGCGCCGACGGUCGGCGGCGGACGAGCUGCUCAUGCGGUCGUUCUUUGCAGAGGGCGACCUCAUUUCGGCAGAGGUCCAAUCGCUGUAUGCGGAUGGUGGGUGCUCGCUGGCUACGCGCUCGUCAAAGUACGGCAAGCUCGUCGACGGCCUGCUUGUGGCGGUCAACCCUUCGCUGAUGAAGCGGACGGCCUCGCAUUUCCACUCGUUCCCCUGCGGCAUCGACGCCAUCUUUGGCUUUAACGGCUACAUCUGGCUCACGCCGUCGCCGCCCGAGGCUGAGGGCGACGACGUGGCGAGCGCCUCGGCCACGGGCGCCAUUCCCUCGUCGAUGAACGACGUGUCGACGGCGGCGGCGGACACCGGCCCGCCGUUCAAGUCGGUCCCGCUCGAUGCGCGCAAGGCCAUUGUCCGCCUCCGCAACGCCAUUGUGGCGCUCGACAGCGUCUUUAUCGCCAUCUAUGCCGACUCGGUGUGGGAGGCGUACCAGGCCUCGCUCGAGCUGGAGCUGGACUUGCCGGACAUGCUCCACGCGUCGAACAUGGAGGCCGUGACGGCGCGGGUCCGCGAGGUGCACGACGAGGCCAUGGCCGCUGCGGUGGUGCCGGGGGUCGAGGCCGGGCCUAGCAGCGCGUGAGACGGCCCACGUCACAGCGUGGAUGCGUUUAGCCAGCUGGGAACACACUACUCGGCAGCGACCGGGGCAUCGAGAUUGAACGGCUCAAACUUCCA